CUCCUGCCCGCUCAGCUGCCUACCCUCCGGACUAAGGUCCUCGGGGAGCGGCAGACUCAAAGUGACCGCUGGCGGUCCUUCCCCUCCCACUUCAGCCUUCCUUCCCCGGCCUCCUGGCCUCGUCCCCCUUCGGGCGGGACAGCCCUGGGCUUAGGAGGCUCUUCUUUUCUCCUGCUUCGUGUGCCCCUGUGCCGACUCUCGCGCUGGGAUCGCGGUGGAACCCUCCCUCCCCUUUCGCCUCCUCUGGCUCUUUCCCUUCGCCCCUCCUCCGCCAGCCACUGGAAUCAAUUCCUUGGGGAAUUGGGGCUCCGCCGCUGCGGCGGAGGGACAGCCUUUCCGCGCGGGACUCCAGGGCUCUCCAACGGGGCCAUGUAACCAGCGAUCCUGCAGAGUGCCACACCGGGCAUGGACACCCUUUCCCGUGUCUGGAGGAGCACAGCUGCUAGUGCCAUUGCCCGGUCCCGAAACUGCUAAGGCCAUCUCAGGGGCGUGGGCGCCAGGAUAGGAGGGCGGCAUCCGAGGGCCACAGAGCCAUGCCUUUCGGCCUGAAGCUCCGCCGGACGCGGCGCUACAACGUCCUGAGCAAGAACUGCUUCGUCACCCGGAUCCGCCUGUUGGACAGCAAUGUCAUCGAGUGUACACUGUCCGUGGAGAGCACGGGGCAGGAGUGUCUGGAGGCUGUAGCCCAGAGGCUGGAGCUGCGGGAGACACACUACUUUGGCCUCUGGUUUCUCAGCAAGAGCCAGCAAGCACGAUGGGUGGAGCUGGAGAAACCUCUGAAGAAACAUCUGGACAAAUUCGCUAAUGAGCCUCUGCUUUUCUUCGGAGUCAUGUUCUAUGUGCCAAAUGUGUCAUGGCUUCAGCAAGAGGCCACAAGGUAUCAGUAUUACCUGCAAGUCAAAAAAGACGUGCUUGAAGGGCGAUUGCGGUGUUCAUUGGAACAGGUGAUUCGGCUGGCCGGCCUCGCCGUGCAAGCUGAUUUUGGAGACUAUAAUCAGUUUGAUUCUCAAGAUUUCCUCAGAGAAUAUGUGUUGUUUCCUAUGGAUUUGGCCCUGGAAGAGGCCGUUCUGGAGGAGCUGACACAGAAGGUCGCCCAAGAACACAAAGCCCACAGUGGAAUCCCGCCAGCCGAGGCCGAGCUUAUGUACAUCAACGAGGUGGAACGUUUGGAUGGAUUUGGACAGGAAAUCUUCCCCGUGAAGGACAAUCAUGGAAACAGUGUGCACCUGGGCAUUUUCUUUAUGGGGAUUUUCGUGAGAAACAGAAUCGGAAGACAAGCAGUAAUACACAGGUGGAAUGAUUUGGGGAAUAUCACUCAUAACAAGUCGACCAUUCUGGUGGAGCUCAUCAACAAAGAAGAGACUGUGCUCUUUCACACGGAUGAUAUUGAAAAUGCCAAGUAUAUUUCUCGGUUGUUUGCUACACGGCACAAGUUUUACAAACAAAACAAAAUCUGCACUGAACAAUCAAACUCUCCACCCCCCAUCAGACGCCAGCCCACCUGGAGCCGGAAUUCCCUGCCCCGGCAGCAGCCGUACAUCUUGCCCCCCAUGCACGUCCAGUGUGGUGAACACUACUCGGAAACACACACUUCACAAGACAGCAUUUUCCACGGGAACGAAGAUGCCUUCUACUGCAACUCUCACAACAGCCUGGACCUAAAUUAUUUAAACGGCACCAUCACCAAUGGCAGCGUGUGCAGUGUUCACAGCAUCAACUCCCUGAACUGCUCCCAGAGUUUCAUUCAGGCAUCUCCCGUCUCUUCCAACCUCAGUAUCCCUGGGAGCGACAUCAUGCGUGCUGACUACAUCCCUAGCCACCGGCACAGCGCAAUCAUCGUGCCGUCUUACCGGCCAACCCCCGAUUACGACACGGUCAUGCGCCAGAUGAAGCGGGGGGUCAUGCACGCAGACAGCCAGAGCCAGUCCCUGCGAAACCUCAACAUCAUCAACACCCACGCCUACAACCAGCCGGAGGAUCUGGUGUACAGCCAGCCCGAGAUGCGGGAGAGGCACCCCUACACUGUCCCUUAUGGGCCACAGGGGGGCUACAGUAACAAACUCGUCGGUCCAUCAGACCAGAUGAACCCAAAGAAUAGCUCGGUGCCCAGCAAACCGGGCGCGAGUGCCAUCUCCCACACGGUCAGCACCCCAGAGCUGGCCAAUAUGCAGCUCCAGGGCACCCAUAACUAUAACACAGCCCAUAUGCUCAAAAACUAUCUCUUCAGGCCACCACCCCCUUACCCACGGCCCCGCCCUGCCACCAGCACCCCGGACCUGGCCAGCCACCGCCACAAGUACGUCAGCGGCAGCAGCCCUGACCUGGUGACCCGCAAAGUACAGCUGUCAGUGAAGACCUUCCAAGAGGACAGCGCCCCGGUGGUGCACCAGUCUCUGCAGGAAGUGAGCGAGCCCCUCAUGUCCACCAAGCACCAUGGCACGGUGAAUAAGCGCCACAGCCUGGAGGUGAUGAGCAGCAUGGUGCGGGGCAUGGAAGCUAUGACGCUCAAGUCACUCAACAUCCCCAUGGCUCGCCGCAACACGCUGCGGGAGCAGGGGCCGCCCAAGGAGGUGCCUGGGGGCCACGAGGUGCCCCCGCUGCCCCAGUACCACCACAAGAAGACUUUCUCAGAUGCCACGAUGCUCAUCCACAGCAGUGAGAGCGAGGAGGAGGAGGAGCCUGCGGAGUCGGUGCCCCGGAUCCCCGGGCUCCGUGAGAACAUGGAGUACAGCGCUCAGCUGCAGGCGGCCUUAGCCCGGAUUCCCAACAAGCCCCCGCCUGAGUACCCCGGCCCGAGGAAAAGCGUCAGCAACGGGGCGCUGAGACAAGACCAGGUUAGCCUUCCUCCUGCCGUCGUGAGAGCCAGGGUGCUGAGGCACGGGCCGGCCAAGGCCGUCAGUGUCUCCCGAGCUGACCAGCUGGCCGUCAAUGGGGCCUCCCUCGGUCCGUCCAUCUCAGAGCCCGACCUGACAAGUGUGAAGGAGAGGGUCAAAAAAGAGCCCGUGAAGGAGAGACCCGUGUCCGAGAUGUUUUCCCUGGAGGACAGCAUUAUAGAAAGAGAGAUGAUGAUCCGGAAUCUAGAGAAGCAGAAGAUGGCAGGCCUGGAGGCGCAGAAGCGGCCGCUGAUGUUGGCAGCGUUGAAUGGACUCUCGGUUGCGCGGGUCUCGGGGCGGGAAGACAGUCGAGUUGACGGCUCCCGCAUUCCCAUGGACGAGAGGUUCAGAACCCUGAAGAAGAAGCUUGAAGAGGGAAUGGUGUUCACAGAAUAUGAGCAAAUCCCAAAGAAAAAGGCAAAUGGCAUUUUCAGCACAGCGGCUCUGCCUGAAAACGCGGAGCGCAGCCGGAUCCGUGAAGUUGUCCCUUAUGAGGAGAAUCGAGUAGAGCUGAUCCCAACCAAAGAAAAUAACACAGGCUACAUUAAUGCCUCCCACAUCAAGGUGGUGGUUGGUGGGGCAGAAUGGCACUACAUAGCCACGCAGGGGCCCCUGCCGCACACGUGCCAUGACUUCUGGCAGAUGGUGUGGGAGCAGGGAGCCAACGUGAUCGCCAUGGUCACCGCGGAAGAGGAGGGCGGACGAACCAAGAGCCACCGAUACUGGCCUAAACUGGGUUCCAAGCACAGCUCAGCUACCUAUGGCAAGUUCAAGGUCACCACAAAGUUCCGAACAGAUUCUGGUUGCUAUGCAACCACGGGCUUAAAGGUCAAGCACCUUUUGUCUGGGCAGGAAAGGACGGUGUGGCAUUUGCAAUACACUGACUGGCCAGAUCACGGCUGCCCAGAGGAUGUCCAAGGAUUCUUGUCCUACUUGGAGGAGAUCCAGUCGGUCCGCCGGCACACCAACAGCAUGCUGGAAGGCACCAAGAACCGGCGCCCUCCCAUCGUUGUCCACUGCAGCGCGGGGGUGGGCAGGACCGGCGUGGUCAUCCUCUCUGAGCUGAUGAUCUACUGCCUGGAGCAUAAUGAAAAGGUGGAAGUGCCCAUGAUGCUGAGACUCCUCAGGGAGCAAAGGAUGUUCAUGAUCCAGACCAUCGCUCAGUACAAGUUUGUCUACCAAGUCCUCAUUCAGUUCCUCCAAAACUCCAGACUCAUUUAAGGCGCGGACCCAGCUCCUGGAAGAGGGACCCAGUGCCAUCUUGCAGCUGGGAGGCGCCUCCAGACAACGCCUGCUCCCGCUGCAGGGCCUGGAUGGCUGGAGCUGGCAGGACACGGGCUCCCUGAGGAUGGGCGCCAAGAUCACUCAUAAACACCGUGUAUUAUUUUAUAUGAGAUAAUUUAUUUUUUUUUCCCCUUUGAAAUAACUUUUGUGAAUCAUUGUAAUGCAGUACUUUUCAUUUGAACCACAUUUUGACUGAUCUGCAUUGUAACAUGUUGGUAGGGAAGGUGGCCUGGUGGGUCAUUUAGGGGACAGAGGCACAAGGGAACACAUCUCUGGUGAAGUUGCAGCCAGAUGGGUAACCAACCUUGAAAUUCAUCAGCGUAACUUCUCAUGUCUGAAUCAAAGAUGGCAAGAAAAUGAAUUCACCCUAAAAUAUAAAGAUCAGGGCCAAGACCCUUUUCUGAAGGGAAAAAAAAUACUAUUCCCUUGUAUUUGGGGCUGAUGAGCCUUGAUGGACAUAUUCCUCCCUUCUUCCUUUCUGUCCCCACCCUGAGUAGUCUUCCCCCCGCCCCCACCUCCAACCUUGAGUGAAAGAUGCAGCAGCUAGAGGGAAUCCUGCCUCUGCAGUGCAGCGAUGCCAUUGCCCAGGCUGAACGCAGAGCUUUGUUUGUAUCUUUGUCAACCACCCCUUAAUCUGGGCUCUGGGGCCCGUGUGUCCUUGCCGAGGGCUGCAUCCACCAUAUUUGUGGCUUCUCCUUAUGUGCUCAGUGGGCGCCAGGCUGGUGGCCUUUGAGGCCCUGGGCCAGGCCAUCUGUGCAGCUAGGCCUCUUGCCUGAUUGAAAGAAUAUAAUGGACCAGAGUGAAAAGAGAGAGGAGACAGGAAGGCCCUGGAUACUGUACUGAUUUAUGAUGCAUGUGUUAGACGGGGGCCUGAAGGUUGAGGUGCUGGCGCAUUCUGUCUGUCCAUCGGUCACCAAGUCAGGGAAUAAGUUAUAAAGGAAACGAUUGGGAAAGAUGAUUUACAGGGGCUGUUUGACUCUCAGCAGGGACCCUGGCCAGCAGCCCCACCAAGUGGGACCCCACUGAGCUGGUACCAUCUCCAGGCCUUGGUCUGUGAGAGCAGAACUAAGCCCACUUGGGCCCUGGAGUCGAAAUCUUGGCCUGUGUGAUGAAAGAUGGUGGCAUUGGUCUCGCCCAAAGUCCUGUGGCGGUCUCCUUUUCUCCAUGCGCCCACUCUGGCCUUCUGUGCUGUUAACACUGCCUUCAGUGAAGCUUGGUUCUCACUUUGUCUCUUCCUGGGGCUUCAUUGGUCGCUGUCCUCAGGAUAUCUUAGGUUAUUCCACAUAUUUUCCAUCUUGCUGAAUUUGGGGGGAUUUUCCUCUCUUCUCUAGUUUUUCUUGAAUACAGCUUUUAAAUGGUGGUUUUGUUGUUAGACCUGAUCGCUGUGGUGGUACACCAUGCCCUCUUCCACUGCUGUCUUUUUUUUUUUUUUUUUGUCUUCUUCUGAGCUGAAAAUAGGAAAAUACAAAGGAAGAAUGGCAUCAGAUCAACCAGAAAGAAGAGAAUAGUGUGCCUUUGCGACUUGGGUCACCACAGACCAACAGAUGGGUGUGGACGCAUUUCUCCAUGAACAGCUUUGGCCCAUGAAUCAACUCGGUGUCACAUCUGGCCACAUGGUACGGUGAUGUUUCUCUUGUUUAGACUCAGAGUAUCUGGUGACGGAGGGCCUUCUGUCUUCUACUCCAAGGUCUAAAGAAUCAGUCAAGGAGUAUAACUUCAACGGAGCUCUGCAGAUUCCGGAGUUUUGGUGCAUAUUCCGAAAAAGGAAGCCUUUAGCAUGACAUGUAUUUGCAGUGGACCAGAGCUCACAACCCUCACUCUGAGACUGUCAGAACUCAGAUCAGCAACAAGCGAAGAGGUAUUUGUCUCCUCGGUGACAUUCUGUCCCUGGGAUAGUCUGCUGUGACGGUGUCUGAACAGGCGGCCUGGGGCUGGCUGCUUUAUUGUCUGAUGAAGACCAUCAACAUUUCUCUUUCAUCUCGUAGGCCGCAGCGCGGGCACUGUUGACAUGUCUCACCAGGGCAAGAUGUAAGUCUGCUGUCUCUUUGAGCUCGUCACUCACGGUCCCCCCUUCGACCCAUCCGCUGUUGCCACCUUGUGCUGUGGGAGUGUUCCUGAAUGCACAGUAUGCAGGAAAGAACUGGGUUUAAUAUCCAAUUUCCCAGCCAAAGUUUAUAUUGAAACCCAAAGGGGGAAAAAAACACUCAAAAGUUAUCCCACAUCUUUCCUUUUGAAAAACAAAUGCUUUGGGUCCUCCAGCACAUUUUGCAUUCCUUUUCCCAUCUCCAGUGAAUGCCAACCUCUCUCCUGUUCAAUUAGCAGUACCAUUUAAAGUUCUUUCAGUGGCAUCUGCAUAAUAAUUGCCCAGAGAUGCUUUAUAUCUGGGAAGCCAGCCAAGGAAUAAACCUUGAAGCAAAGUAUAUUAAAUUAGUUAUCUAGUUAGCGCUUUUGGAAUGAGUUCCUGAUGAUGUAUCAAGUCUGAAGCUGGAACUGUUGGAGUCUGUUGCUGUAGUUUGGGUUUGAAAGGACGAAAUUAAAAAUGGAGGGGGAAAAAGGACCCAUCCCACAACAAAGACUUCAAACACUUUCAGGCUUUUGGUUUUGAAGCCGUUCAGUUGAAACAUUUUCUUUCUUUCAUCCGCUCUCAUUUGGAUGCAUUGGCCCCCGUGUGCGGCCUUGUUGAGUGUGGUCACUGGGUUGUGGGCAAGGCUUGGUGUCUUUAUCCCGAGGCUGAGCUGUGCCUGCGAGCUUUGCAGUUUCCUUGGGCUCUAAGAAGACACUGCCCCUCAGUAAGAGCCUCUGGUAGCAUUUCCAUGUA